AUGUAUGAAUUAAAUUAAAAAUAAAAUUUAGUUACAUUAUUUAAUGAAAAGAUUACACCUCCUUUAAGAUUUAUAUAUUAUAUCACUUGUAUUUUGAAUGAAAAUAAUUUCUAAUUUGGCAUCGUUUUAAAGAUCUCUCAUUCAAUAAUAAAAUGUUAAAAUAAAAUUGUUCUAAAUGUGGACACUAAUAUAUUUUAGAGAUUAGAUUUGCUUAAGGAAUCUCUUUAAGAAUAAAUAAAGACUUUAUAUAAAAUCUUAAUUGACUAACUAACUUAUUUAUUUUUAUUAUAUGGUUUUGGGUGGACAAUGUAAUCAAGAUUAAAUUGUUUAAUAAAUAUAUUUAUAAUUUUAUACAUUAAUUAACAAAUGCUUAAUUGA